UUUAUUAGUUUAUUGUAGUUCACACUACACAUGUUUGUUUAAACCAUUCUUCCACCAUAGAUUCAAACGUUCCAUUUCAAAUUUACUAAAUUUUAUAUUCUCAAUAUAUAUCACAUCUAACUGAAAGAUACGAGCCUUCUUGACAUUUUUUGUUCACCACAAUGUUGUUGUAAUUUCUACUCUAUUCUGGCAGGUUAUUUCCUAUCUCAUAGUGCAUGUGUAGUGCAACAGUAAACAAUCAUUUAAUGUGUAAAAAGUUUGUGGGCUGAAUUAAAGGAAGAUUCAAUUUUUUCGAAGUACAUAUAUUGUAAUUUAGUAUAAUACAGUUGUCAAAACCUUUGCUUCAUAAUUGUAAUUUAUUACUCUUUCUAAUUCUGCUCACCUUUUGUUUAUUUUUUAUGUUUCUGUAAAUUAAAAUGAUGUCUUGUUUCUAGUGUUAAUUUUUUAUUAAUAUAAAAAGAUCCUUAACCUCUAAGAAGAAUUGUAUAUGUGUAACAUAAUAAUUUUUGGGAUUUAAUAACUAUAGUUCUAGCAGUAAAUUCAAACUCCCCCUUUUAGACAAUAAAUUUUGCCUUCUCCACAAAAUUUCUGAAUAAUUGUUUACUCUAAAUUGUAAAGUAUUUGUUUUUCUUACAACGCUGUCUAACUAGGAUUUUCAGACACUUGUCUUAAUGAUAUUCUAGAUCGUCUAUGUGUAAGCAUUUUGAUAAGUUUUGCUAAUCCAUUUCUUUUCUUCCCUAUAACGCAGUUCUUUAAUAUAUAAACUCUUCAGACUGAAGGUAUCUUGAUUAGCAUGUCUUGAUACACGAUAAAGCAUCCAAGUAAGAUGCCUGUAAAUUAUCUAAUUUAACUCUCUGAAAUUUUAAAAACUUAACAACAUAUGUAAUAGUUUCUCUAAAUCUGGUAAUAAAACAUAACUGAGCAUUUUUUGUAAUUUUUGUGAUUAUGUGUAAAUUAGAAAAUGGAUGGGAUUAACAAAGUUAAUCCUCUGGAAGCUAACGACCAGACAAAAAAAUUGGUGUUGUAUGUUAACCCUCGACAAUACGAUAGAAUACUUAAAAGGAGAUUAGAAAGAGAUCGAUUGAUGGAGCGUAGAGGUAAGCCUAAGACUACCUACGUACCAAUUGCAGUACGUGAUCUCUCAAUGAACUUUUUUAAAAAGGACAAUUUUGCUCCAAAUUUUGAUAAAAACACCUUCUUAAAUAACAAUUUAAACAAUAUGAGGGGCAAUCCGAGGAAUAUGUACCCAAUUAAUACCAAAAUAAAUAAUUCACUAACGAGUCCACAAAUACAUGGAUCCAUGUAUAAUAACAGUAAUUUUUACAACGGGUACUUAGAAAAUUUCAACAAUGGUUUGAAGCUGGAUCCUCUCUUAUACAGUAAAAGCUUAGCGAUGCAGAACGAUGCCCUGUCCACAAACAAACUGAUAAAAUUUAAUUCACAACACGCAACGCCUAAUACUCUUUAUAACUUACCAUACGCUAAUAAUUUCAAGUAUUAUAAUGGCAAAGAUCAAAAUAUGGAUUCUAUGAAUAAAUUUGAUCCAUUUUCUCCAAAUUUGGAAAAUUGUACGGCGUACGAAACGCUUUUAUUAAAUUCAUCUCUCUCUCCGGCACCCACCACUAUUCCAAAGAUGUAUAAUCAACAUUUCAAUUGUAAUGGGCUUUACAAUACAAAUAAUAUCGGGAAAACAGUUAAUAACAAACUCCCAGUUCUCUCAAGUAACAAAACCUCUUUAAAAACUAAUGGCAAAAAAACAUCUGACAAAGACAAGAAAACGCCACCGAUUUUAAGCAGCAGAGAGGAGAUAAAGAACAAUUACCUGCUCACGAACGGUUCUCCCUUCUCGGAAUGUUCCAUAGAUUCAGACGUUGUUGUUAAACAAGAACCAAUCUAUAACAUCAAUGAGUAUGGAAUAUUGGUGGAUACCAACCCAGAUGUAAUCAGUGGUCUAAAAAAUCCAUGCUCAAUUGAUAUAAACAUGGAUAAUAUCGACGCUAGCAUUAUUGAAAGAACGCCCGAUUUUAAUUAUAUGAACGAGGAAGAUUUUCUGGGUUCAUGUUACGACGGUUCCUGCGGGAAAACAAGCUUCAAUUUUCUGUUUUUUGGAGAAGAACAUGAUAGGGAUUCUUCAGCGCUUGAAGAUAAGGAUUUAAUUUUUGAAAAUAUUAACAGUACAUCAAGUAGCAAUGCACAAAGCAUUAAAGUUCUGGGUACAGAAUAAAUGGCACAUUCGUCGUUAAAAGAUUCGGUUGGUUGUAAAAGACUUAGUUGAUGUUAAAAGCUUAGGUUUAUUAAUUGAAAACAAUGAUUGAGUCUCAGGUGACUCUUUGGACUUAUUACACCCCUAAUUAAUUGUUUAAAACCCCUCGAAC